AUGCACUUCUCUCUCCUUUUCAUGUCAGCCUCGCUGGCCACUGCUGUUAUUGCAGCCCCAGUAGCUGAAGAAAGCACCCAAUUUAAACGUGCACCGGCUCCUUCGAAGAACAUCGUUAUCACCCUUGCACUCGAUGCAGAUGUGGAUCUGAAGAAGCGUGAGGCAUCUAAUGAUGUGGCCAGAAUUAGCAUUGACGCUGAUGGAACGGUCCAUAUUGGGAAGCGAGCUGCGGCACCCCAUGAGAAUGAUGGUAUUGAUCUUGAUCUUGAUCUUGGGGGUGACUUGGAUGUUGACCUUCUCUAG